AUGAGUGGUAAUCUGUGGACGGAGGAGCAGUUCAACUGUCCUGUGUGCCUGGACCUCCCGAAUGAGCCAGUCACCAUCCCGUGUGGCCACAGCUACUGCAAGGGCUGCAUCAAGGACUACUGGAGCAAGGACGACCCUCGCUCCCCUGGAGUCUACAGCUGCCCCCAGUGCCGCCAGACAUUCUGUCCCAAGCCCUCCUUGUCCAGGAACACCAUGCUGGCAGAGGCCGUGGAGCAGCUCCGCAAGGGGGCCCUCACCACCUCUGCCAGGGAGUCCAUCCGAAGCGCCCACCGUGCCAACACCAUGGGUAGAGCCAAGGGAGGUUCCCGUGGUGGUGGUGUCAGCCAGCUGCCAGCCAUGGCCGUGCCCUGUGACACGUGCCACGGCGCUGGAGACCAGCGGGCUGCGGUGAAGUCUUGCCUGGUGUGUAUGGCGUCCUACUGCGAGGCCCACCUGAAACUGCAUCAGACGAAAGCGGAGUUGAAAAAGCAUGAGCUGAUUGCGCCCACGGGCAAGCUGGCGCAGAAGAUUUGUACCGAGCACAAGUACCUGCAGGAGUUCUACUGUCGUCAGUGCCAGAUGUUUGUGUGCUGGCUGUGCACCAGUAACCAGCACAAGGACCAUGAGACCACCUCCACCAAGGCAGAGCGCACGGAGAGACAGAAAGAGCUGGCUGAGGUGCAGACAGAGAAUCAUCAGAGACUGAAAGAAAGAGAAGGAGAGCUGAAAGACAUGAAGAAGAUGCUGGAGGCAACAAAGCGCUCAGCAGACAGGGUACAUGAUGACACAGAGACGGUGCUGUCGGAGCUCCAGCGCUCGGUGGAGAGGCUCCAGGAGCUGGUGGAGGGUGUGAUGAACCAGGCUGGGCAGGAGAAAGUAAGCGAGGCCCAGGACGUGGUGGACAAGCUGGAGGCCGAGAUCUCUGAGCUGAAGAGGAGAGACAAGGACAUGAAGGAGGUGUUCCGCUGUGAAGACAACAUCCACUUCCUGGAGACCUGUGAGUCUCUGUGCAGCCCGUUUGAGUGUAAUGAUCUGUCGUGUGUGGUGGCCAAUCCAGAGGCUACGUUUGAGCCUGUACGUGAAGCCAUCCUGAACCUACGGGAGAGAGUGGAGGACAUGUGCAAUGUGGAACUGGGCAAGAUCACCAAGACAGUGAAUAACACAACACUGUUCACCUUAGGAGAUAAAGCCAGAGAGGCAGCCCCCAGACCAAGCACCAGAUCUAGUCCCACUCAGAGCCGGAGAAAGCCAGCCAGAAAUAGCCCGACCCAAAGUCGAAGAGAGACGCGCAGACGCAGUCCCAGUCCCACUCCAAGUCGUACAGAGCCAGCCAGACCCAGUCGCAGUCCAAGUCGUACAGAGCCGGCCAGACCCAGCCCUACUCCCAGCCGGAGAGAGACACCCAGACCAGAACCCACCACCACCCCUACCCCCGGUGCUGUUACCCAAGCCACCCCAGCCUCAGGAGCUUUCAGCCGGAUGGGCUCCAUAGCAAGUCUCUUCCGCUCCCAUCGACGUGCCACACCGGCACCUGGGCCAGUCAACAACAACACUGGUGGAGUUAACCCAUUGAGGGAGAUAGACAUCUCCAGCAUCCAGGCCCCAGAGCCCAGGAGCAGAGAGGAGUUCCUGCAGUAUGCCUGUACCCUGACCCUAGACACGAGGACAGCCCACCGGCGUCUGACCCUGUCGGAGGGCAACACCAAGGCCACCCUACAGGGGGCAGGGCAGCCCUACCCAGACUGCCCCCAACGCUUCGACGGCUGGACCCAGGUGCUGUGCCAGGCCCCCCUUUCCGCCCAGCGAUGUUACUGGGAGGUGGAUUGGCGGGGGAAGGGGUCAUCAAUGGGCGUGGCUUAUGGAGCCCUGAGCAGGAAGGGGGCGGACGCCAGGGCGGGGCUUGGCUACAACGCCCAAUCAUGGAGCCUGGAGCUGUCGGAUACGUGUUGCACGGCAAUGCAUGACAAUGAGAAGAGGGACAUCCCGGUGACGUACUCGCCGCGUCUGGGGUUGUUCCUGGACCUCAACGCGGGCACCCUGGCGUUCUAUAGCGUGGCGGAGAGCAUGGGGCACCUGCACACGUUCCGUGCCAACUUUACACAGCCACUGUAUGCGGCCUUCGGGGUGGGUAGUGGGGUUGGUGUUGGACUGGACUUUGCUCUGGGUCAGUUCAGCCAGACAUCCGACAGCAUCAAGAUCUGCCCCAUGUGA